CGUCGUCAGACGGAUAACGCGGCAUAUCGAGAACUCAAGGUUUCCAACUUAAUCAGUAAGACGCGUCCCUCCAUUUCCGUACCCAAAAACACGAAUUAAACCAGUACCGAGAUGUCGUCAACGAGUAUUGAACAGGCGGGCAGCUCGCUGGAAGAGCAGCCGCUUCUGCGUCCAGGCAGAAGAAGACUUCCGUCCUUGAACGUCCAACAUUGGCAUUCUCAUCCUUUCAGAGGUGAUCCAUGGACCGUGAGAAGUACGAAACAGAAGACUGCGCAGUUUCUUUCGUCGAAAGCUGGGCAUUACUCUGUUCUUACUCUGGUUUCGCUUGAUGUUCUUAGCAUGAUUGCUGAUUUUAUCCUCAAUCUGUUCAAAUGUGAGCAAGGCAGAAAAGGCUCAGAUUGGGACUUGGCUUUGGAGAUCCUUGGCUCUGUUAGUCUGGUGUUCUCAUGCCUCUUCGUCGUUGAACUCAUUGCCUCCGUUUGGGCCUUUGGCUGGAAAUACUUCAACUCUUGGUUUCAUUGCUUCGACGCCUUCAUCGUCAUUGCAGGCUUCAUAACUGACGUUGCACUCCGUGGUAUCAUCGAGGAAGUCGCCUCUCUGAUUGUCGUCAUGCGGCUUUGGCGAGUCGUGAAGAUUAUCGAAGAACUUGGAGUUGGGGCUCAAGAAGAGACUGAAGAGUUGAAUGUUAAGUUGGAGAAGUGUAGAAGUGAUAAUGAGGAGCUGAGGGAUGAGAUCUCGCGGCUGAAAGGAGCGAUGAAGAAGGCGGGUUUGGACCAGGAGCUGAAUAUGGAGGCAUCUCGAACUGAAAAUUGAGGUCUUAGCGAGAAAGACUUUACGGCCUUAAUAGUCUAUCAGAAACGUAUCACGGCAAAAGUGAAGGAUUUGCGCUACAGCCGCUGUGAGCCUGCCAUUGGGAUGCUCCUUAAAAGAAAAUAAAGCUUGAUAGGUAUAAUUGAGUUCCGAAUUCUCAGGAAAAUGAGACUAUGGGGAAUUCUACCACCCUACGGUCUCUAGCACUCUUUCCUUCUUUCCUCCGAUCCAGAAACAAU